CAAUCCUCCCCAUCCACCGCAGCCAACCAUGCGUCCCUCACUGCGGUUACUGAAGCUGGAGGCCUCGUCCCUGCAGGGGCCUCGGUCUCUCUAUGUCUGCACGGUCUGCCAACACGAAGCGCGUCCGCGCCCGCUGAUCGCCCGCCAAUUCCUACGCAACGCUUCGUCCAACACCACCCCGGUCACGGAGCGUGUGCGCCGCAAGAUCUGGGGCACGGAUAACCCGCCGGGCCUGAAGGACCCGUAUGGAGGGGAGGGUGUGUUUGAAAAGAAGUUCCGGAAGAAUCAGACCCAGCAGGCGGAGGGCGAGCAGGCUGCGGAGACGGCUGUCGGCGCUGAGCAUGAGCAUGCUGGUGCUGAGGAGGUUGCGGCUGAUGAUACGUAUGAGCCGGCGACUACGUGGGAGGGUCUUACGCGUGUUGGCCAUCUUGGGGAGUGGUCGAAUUAUGGUCCUUCUGAGGUUGAUACGUACCAAUCGUUCUCGCUGAACAAGAGACUCACCAAGAAGGGCCAAUUGUCUCUGGCUGCCCACCAAGCCGCGGUGGAGCUCUGCCUGAUGCAAUCCCUCGGCAAGCCCUUGACGAGCGUCUGCGAUGUCGCGGAGCACGAAAAGCCCGUUUUCAAACUACUCUGGAAGUGCAAGGUCCAGCCCACCGCGAACGGCCAAUGGGGCGACGCCCUGGUCUACCCGAAUAAAGAAGCGCAGAAUGCUCUCGUCUACAUCUUCGAGCAGAUCGGGGGCCAGCCCCAGGCUGCUGCUGCGCCGGUGGAUGCGACGGAAGCCGCAGAGGAAGAUGCCGAGGCGGUUGAAUACGAGGAAACGGCGGAGGUUGACGGUCACCGGUUGCCGUUCUUUGGAUACCAGGAUGUGAAGGAUAGCGGCUUCCUGUCGCUGCCGUUGAACGAUCCGGCCCUUAAAUUCGCUUACCUGAAGCGCCUGUCCCAGCUGAGCGGCCACUUCUUCCCGGACCCGGUCAUCCAAUCCAUCUCGACCGUGCAAGAGGCCGUGAACCACAUCCAAGCCGUGAUCCAGCCCAAGCCCAAGAAGCUGGCGGAGCACCUGACAGGUAAUGAGAGCCUCCUUGACUUGCCGAACGUCAAGAUCUUCACGAAGAGGCAGAAGCCCUCGGACAAGGAUGAAGAGCUGGGUCGGAAGAAGGUCAUUGAGAAUGAGCUGCGCGCCCGAGGCCUGAUCGAGUAGAGUGGCUGGCCUGUCUGC